CUCAGCCUUAAAAAAAAAAGCAGCGCCGGGAGCCUGCCCCUCUCCCAGCCACCUGCCUCGACCCUCGUCCCUUUGGGGCACUCGCAUGGAAGCGCAGACCGGAGCGGGGGAGGGCGUUUAUCCCCCCCCACCCCCGACUUGACACCUCCGCAGAUGACUUUCCAGAGGGGGUCUCCAUUAACAACUCAGCCCCCUCCGAUCGCCCCUUCCUUCCUUCCCUCCCCAGCCCCCCCGGAGGCAGGGGGGUGCCGUGUCCGCCGGGCUCCCCCCGCAGCCCCGCAGCCGGGGCUCCCCCCGCCGCCCCCCGGGGCCCCCCUCGGCUGGAGGCCGCGGCGGGUGUCGCCCCGUGCCCGCCGCCCCCCGGCCCGGCUCGGCGGUGGGGGAGGCAGGCAGGGAAGCCAUUGCCUGUUUAAUAGUUGCUGUUGCAGCACUUCCGCUUCUCUCCCAGCGAGAGAGACACGAGUGGCCAGGCCCAGCCGCACCGAGGAGGAGCAGCCAGACACAAAGGCAGAGACAGAAAAAGAGACAAGCACACCUAAGAAGAAGGAAAGCAAAGUCAGCAUGAGUAAAAACUCUAAGCUGCUAUCUACCAGUGCCAAGAGGAUUCAGAAGGAAUUGGCUGACAUCACCUUAGAUCCACCUCCCAACUGCAGCGCUGGCCCCAAAGGUGAUAACAUCUAUGAAUGGAGAUCAACCAUUCUAGGACCUCCAGGCUCCGUCUACGAGGGAGGGGUUUUCUUCCUUGAUAUCACCUUUACACCAGAAUAUCCUUUCAAGCCUCCAAAGGUAACGUUCCGGACAAGGAUCUAUCACUGUAACAUCAACAGCCAAGGCGUCAUCUGCCUGGACAUUUUAAAAGACAACUGGAGUCCAGCAUUAACCAUUUCUAAAGUUCUCCUCUCCAUCUGCUCCCUUCUCACAGACUGCAACCCGGCUGACCCCCUGGUUGGAAGUAUUGCCACCCAAUAUAUGACUAACAGAGCAGAGCAUGACAGAAUGGCCAGACAAUGGACCAAAAGAUACGCUACAUAAAUUGGAUUUUUGUCAAACUUACAUUAUUUGUCUGUGAUGGAAAGAGCUGCUUAUGAUUUUGAAGGGGUGGGGGGAGGGAGGGUGCUGGUAAAGAGUAGGGUAUUUCUAUAACAGAUUUUAUUCAGUCUUUUAUUUCCUAAGAUUUUGUUGUUGUAACUUAAGGUAUCUUGCUACAGUAGACAGCUAGAAUUGGGAAUAGUGUAUUUUAAGACUGUAAUUAGUUCAGCAAUAUUAGCUCACAUAUAGUACCGAGAAGAAUGUAAACUUCUUAGGCAUCUUUGGUUUUCAGUUUGCUUGCAAUAUGCAAAAGAUUAAAACAGCUUAAUUUUGUACAGGUACAUAUGUUGGCGUUUAUGUAAAAGUCCUUUCAAGACUCUACACACUGUUUUUUGCUUUUUGUUUUGUUUUUUGGUUUGGGGGGUUUAUUUUGUUCUGGGUUGGGUUGGGGUUUUGUUUGUUUUAUUUUGUUUUUGUAAAAAGAUGUCAGGAUUGUUUUCCCCUAUGGAGGGCACAUUGGUAUUUAACAAAUCCUUUUUAAAGACUGUCAUCUCAUGAUCUGUGAUACGGAGAGGUGGAUAUAUAGCCUCAUAUAUGAAAUGAGAAGUAGUUAAUGUAUUAUUUUAUAAGCCAAUCUAUCUUUGUGAAAAGAAUAAAGGUUUUAAUCAGGACUUACGGCAACCUGUAGUGAAAUACCUUAAGCUGUUUAACUGUAAGGCGUGGAAUAGGAGUCACUCAGUGGAUUGGUUGUAUGUUGUGGGCUACUUAAGUCUGCAUUUGUUACUGUGCUAAUAAAAAGAUGUUUAAAAA